GCGGGCAGUGAGCGGGGCUGCAGACGCCGCCUCUCCCCACACAACACACACACAUCCCCGGGGACAGGGGCAGAGCAACAUGCACUCUCCAUCCUCCCUGCUUCUCCCGGCCUGAGGGCUCAGUCUGCAGCGGGGGUCGGUCAGCAUGCAGCACUCUCUGACCCAACAGCCCAAUGGAUUAACCCUGCACGACUCAGUAGGGCUCUUCAAUAAAAGGAAGCGAGCCUCCGUGCUGGUGAGUGGUUCCCUUCUCAUUGCCUCCGUGUUGAUUCUGACAGUGGGUUUGGCAGCCACCACACGGACCCUGAAUGUUUCAGUCGGAGGAUACUACCCGGGGGUCAUUCUUGGUUUUGGAUCCUUUCUGGGACUGAUUGGAUCAAAUCUACUUGAAAAUAAAAGGCAGAUGCUGGUGGCGUCGAUUGUGUUCAUCAGCUUUGGUGUAGUGGCGUCUUUCUGCUGUGCCAUUGUUGAUGGUGUAUUUGCUGCCAGACACAUUGAUAUCAGGCCCUUCCAUGCAGGGAGAUGCCAGUAUUAUUCCAGUGAAACUCCAUAUCCUUCAGAUGAUCAUAAUGCAGAGGUGACCUGCCCAAGCCAGUCGCGAUCUCCAUGCAUACUGAAGGUAAAGAGCAAUACCUGCUACUGUUGCGAUCUUUAUAAAUGUGGCAGCCGUGACGCUCUGGGUGGUUAUUAUGAGUACAACGAUGUGGGAAGUUGUCAGGAAGUUAUCCACCUCUACCACCUGCUUUGGUCAUCGACAAUCCUCAACAUUGUGGGUUUGUUCCUUGGAAUCAUCACAGCAGCUGUCCUCGGCUCCUUCAAAGACAUGCAGACUCCGGCUGCGUCUGGAAUCACCUGUGCUCCAGAGCCCCCACCUCCACCCAUAAUGUAUGACCCUGGACAGCAGGUUCUGGCCUACACUAACUAUUACCCUGGGCCACCUCACCUACCACCUUACAGUCCAUAUGACAUGCAGCAUCCCAGUAUAUUCUCAGCUUCAACGCCAUCGGAUGACUCGCAGUCGAUCUCACAGUCUGCCUCAAGCUAUAUGUGGCCACCAAAUACCCCUCCUCGCUACUCCCCGGCGUACUAUCCACCUGAUGAGAAGCCACCACCGUACAUGCCAUAGACCUGUCCUUCCUUCCACAUUCAGCACAGACUGGGCCCAGCUGAAGACUUCUCUAAUGAGACCAGCGGCCACGUGGAUCAUGCUGUGAUCACCGUGUGCUCCCUCUCAUCACCAGAUCUCGCCGCAACGAGUUUCAAGAGAGGAACUUACCUGUACAGACCAUCAGCAUAUCAUCCUGCAACUUAUUGUAUUACUGUAGGGUAUGUUAAUCUUUAUUUGUUGAAAAAUAAUUCACUUAUUACCCAAGAUUACAGUGAAUAGAGAAAAAGAUACAACCACUUUGGCAAAUGCAAGUCCAUUGGAGGUAACAAUUUACCACUACUUAAAUGAAUGAAGACAGACAGUCAAGGAGGUGAAUGAUCCAACUAUUUUCUUAUGUUGCUAAUUUAUCAAUUAGGACAUACAAAUACAUACAAAUAUAUACUUUA